AUGAAAAUGAAUGAAGUGAUGUUCAACAAGUCGACUAAUGCUAAGAUGUUAAUGCAUCCGCAGGUGUACCAUGGAAACUCCGAUGAUGGUACCAAUGACAAAGCAAAGAAGACGAAGAAACAAAAACGCAACAGCAAGGGUUUUCUACAGAUUCUCACAUCCUUCAUGCCAAUUUUACAUUGGUUGCCAAACUACAAAUGGAGAGAGUACUUUCAUGGAGAUCUCAUCGCCGGGUUGACGGUUGGUAUAAUGCAUGUACCACAAGGUAUGGCUUAUGCUAGCCUGGCAGGGGUCCCGCCCGUCUAUGGAAUGUAUUCGUCGUUCUUUGCAUCUACUGUUUAUAUGUUCUUCGGGACUGCUAGACAUGUGUCUAUAGGUGUAUUCGCUGUAGCAUCGUUGAUGGUAGGAGCAUGUCGGAUACGUUUUCUUCCGGAUUCUGACGAUCUCAUAGCUAAUUCUACAUCGCCAUUCGAUGGUGUAGGACCUAUGGAACUGACAAGUGCCUUGACGCUGCUAGUGGGCGUGAUUCAGAUACUCUUCGGUAUUCUACGUCUUGGUUUUCUCACUACCUACCUCUCGGAUUCACUGGUGUCUGGAUUCACUACCGGAUCAGCAGCACAUGUCAUGGUUUCCCAGCUAAAUAAAGUUUUGGGUGUGAAACUGCCCCGACAUGAGGGUGCUGGAAUGCUUGUGAUGAUGGUGCGGGAUCUGAUUUUGUCCAUACCAUCUGCUAACAUCACUGCCGUAAUCAUAUCCUUCAUUGGCAUUUUAUUCCUGGACCUCGGCAGAACUUACAUUAAUCCUCUCGUGAAACGAUUCUCACCUAUACCUCCACCGCUCGAGCUUAUCCUUGUUAUCAUCGGCGUAAUUGUUUCUAUAGCAUUAAAUUUACAUGAAAAUUACCAUAUCUCCACUGUACAUACCAUUCCCAGAGGAUUUCCUAUGCCUUCGCUUCCCAACGCGUCACUUCUUCCACAUCUGAUCUCUGAUGCUAUCGCUAUUGCCGUCGUUUGUUAUAUGUUCGUAAUGUCUAUGGGAAAACUUUUUGCCAAAAAACAUAAGUAUAAGACAGAUGCUACUCAGGAAUUUUACGCUGUAGGAAUAAUGUCGGUUGCAUCGUCAUUCUUCCCUGUUUAUCCCGUUGGUGCUUCCUUGUCCAGGUCUUCUGUUUGCGAAAUGUCAGGAGCGAAUACACAGCUUUACACUGUAUUUUCAUCGACAUUGCUUUUGACUGUGAUUCUAGUCCUUGGUCCAUUUUUGGAGCCUCUUCCUAUGUGCAUUCUUGCUUGUAUUGUCAUCGUCAGUCUUAAAAGCCUCUUCCUUCAAGUUAGGGAAUUGCCUCGCUACUGGAGAAUCAGCAAAUAUGAUUUUGCGAUAUGGUUGGUUGCUUGCUUGUCGACCAUUUUUACCGAUGUAACAAAAGGACUGAUAAUAUCAAUUGCCUUUGCGCUCCUAUCGGUAGUACUCAGAGAGCAAUGGCCGCAGUUUUCCACGAGUAAAAUGGAAGAAGUCCCUCCACAGCAUGUCCCUGACGGCGUUUCUCUACUCAAAUUUGAAUCUCCUCUUCAUUUCGCCAAUGUCACAUUGUUCACUGACAAAAUAUCGGAGCUGAUAGCUUCUGUCAAAGAGGAGAAAAACAGAGCAACUUCUGAAAAUGGACAAGUUUCCAUAAGUUUAGCACCCACUACCCAAAACUCGAGCACAACGAAUGUUUCCAUCCCCGCACUGUUGAGCGGUAGAGCGAUUAUCGUUGACUGCUCUGCAAUGUCAUAUGUGGAUAGCAUGGGACUGGAUGCCCUCAAAGAGCUCUACAAUGACGCAAAGAAAAAUGAUGUCACACUUCUUUAUUCUGGAUUAAACGACACCGUGUUGAACGUUAUCGAGAACGAUGAAAUUUUGCGGAACUCUGUACCAAAAACUGUUUUACGGCCCUCGAUAAAUGACGCCCUUCUGCACCUUUCCACGAUCCAAGACGUGUAGAAAUUAUACUCUAUAUCUGUACAUAUCAUAGUAUACCUUCACCUCCACAUGCAUGCACUCCGGCACUUGUAUAUUCGCCUUACGUAUCUAUACCUGUGCUGCCGCUUUGACAGGUGUAAAUGAUCCCGUGAUCACUUUCUUCUCUCUUCGUCUUUGAAAGAUCAGUUCCUUGUUGAAGUAGCAUCAAAAUGCGUUGUGCAUUGGUGAUAAAAUUCAUUAACUUACGUAUAGGUAUUCAUUUCGCAUCAUUCCGAAUAGUGUCUGUG